AUGGCCAGUGAAAACUACACGAGGGUCACCGAGUUUAUUUUCAGAGGUUUGAGUUACAACCCGCAUUUGCAGGUCUUCCUCUUCCUGCUCUUUCUGAGUUUCUACAUCAUCAACCUAACCGGAAACUUGGGUAUGAUUUUUCUGAUACAGAUCGAUUCCCACCUUCACACACCCAUGUACUUUUUCCUCAGUCACUUGUCCUUUGUGGACCUGUGCUUCUCCUCGGUCGUGAGCCCCAGGAUGCUGGCUGACUUCUUCGUGAAGAGGAAAGCCAUCUCUUUCUUGGGCUGUGCUUUGCAGCAGUGGUUCUUUGGGUUCUUUGUGGCAGCAGAGUGUUUUCUCCUGGCGUCCAUGGCCUAUGACCGUUAUGUAGCCAUCUGCAACCCAUUACUGUACUCAGUCGUCAUGUCCCAGAGACUCUGUAUCCAGCUGGUGGUUGGCCCCUACGUCAUUGGCUUCAUGAACACCAUGACUCAUACAACCAAUGCAUUCCGUCUCCCUUUUUGUGGUCCCAAUGUCAUUAAUCACUUCUUCUGUGACAUGUCCCCACUGCUUUCCCUCGUAUGUGCUGACACCAGGAUCAAUGAGUUGGUGGUCUUUGUCGUGGCCGGAGCGGUGGGGGUCUUCAGUGGCCUGAGUAUCCUCAUCUCCUAUGUGUACAUCCUCGUUGCCAUCCUGAAGAUCCGCUCUGCCGAUGGGAGGCGCAAAGCCUUUUCUACGUGCUCUUCUCACCUGACAGCCGUCUCCAUCCUGUAUGGAACUCUUUUCUUUAUUUAUGUACGGCCUAGUGCGAGUUUCUCCCUGGAUGUCAAUAAAGUGGUGUCUGUGUUUUACACAGCAGUGAUCCCCAUGUUGAACCCACUUAUCUACAGCUUAAGGAAUAAGGAGGUCAAAGAUGCCAUCCGCAGGACUGUCGCUAAGAGGAAGUUUGGUAGGGCCUAA